AUGAAUUCUGAAAAUCUGGAUGAUGUGGAUGAUACAGCUAAGAAACAACAGAUAGUUUGGAAACCUAAUGUAAGAACAGCCCAAUUCACAUUGAAUAACAUCAGAGAAGCUGCAGCAUGUGACCACGAGAGAUCACAAUACAUUUCACUAAUCAGACUACAAGUUGAGGAGUUGAUAACAUCCACAGUUAAUAAGUACUACCCUAGAGCUAGGAGAAGUACUCAUCAGAGUGAAAUUAAAGUCAAUCCAGUAGAAUUAUAUGCAUCAGUCAUAUCUACCUUGGAACUCUGA